ACAUGCAGAGGAAACACUAGGACAAUGACCAGCUCACCUGGGGGACAGCUUCCACUUGGCCAUAAGGGCAGGUUCACAUUUCCAGAAGUGAGGAGCUCUCAUGUGGUCGCCUUCUCUCUUCCUCCGCUCCUGAUCCAUGCUGCCUGGGGCCACAGGAGCAAAUCAAAGACAAGAUCUCACAUCCAUCGGUGUUUUACGUUGACAUGGAGAUGAUCGCAUUGUUGGUUCUGAUCAUGAAGACAGGGACCACUGUGUCUGGUUGGUCGGUCACUUUUGAAAACCCAAAUCCUUGUGCUUUAAAAGGAUCAUCGGUGGAGUUCAGUUGUUCGUAUAACUACAGUAAUGGGGAAAUUGUUAGUAAGACUGCAUGGUCCAAAGGGCAAAUGAAAAGUGGUAUCUGGAUACGUGUUGCGCUCUCUGACCUUCCUUUAUAUCAGAAUCGUUCUGAAUAUCUUGGUGACCAGCAGCAUGACUGUAGCCUUGCAAUCCAUGACCUGCAGGUUGAGGACACUGGACAUUAUUACUUCUGGUUUGAUACCAACAUGUAUGGAAGGCGUAGUAAAACAUCCCUGCAUCUGUAUGUCACAGAGCUGAGUGCCAGAGUGUACCCAAAGACAGUGAGAGCAGGGGACAACGUGACUCUUGAAUGUGGUGUAAGCUGCCAACUUUUCACCACAGUCUGGUUCAAAGAUGGACGUCCAGUAGCCAAACCAGGGUUCCAGGCUCAGGCAGAGGAUGCUGGGAAUUACCUAUGUGCUGUUGAAGGAAAUAUGGCAAUGCAAUCAGACCCUGUGGCUCUGGAGGUUCAAUAUCCUCCAUGUAAUGUGUCCAUUGAGGUGAGCCAUCCUGGUCGCCUGGCAGAAGGCAGCAGCGUGAACCUGACCUGCAGCAGUGCAGCUAACCCUGCAGCACACAGCUACAUCUGGUACAGGCGUAACAUUUCCAGCUCCGGCUCACCGCUGCAGGUCGGUGUAGAACACAUGCUGUUUCUUCCCUCUGUGGAGGCGUCCGACACUGGACUCUACCUUUGCCAGGCCAUGAACAGUCUGGGAGGGAACAAUUCGACUGAGGUGCUGCUGACUGUGGGCGCAUCAUACUUUAAUCACUUCAUCUUCCUGGUUGGUAUUGGAGUCAAAGUUGUUAUUGUGGUGUUGCUUGCAUUGGUUGUUAUCUGGGCUUGGAGGUGUCGCUCUAAUCAUUCUGCUGUAGACAAAAAGGAGCACGACAAUGAUUAUGAAAAUGUUACCACUGCCUAAAUGGGUCAAAAACCAUGGUUACACAGAAGGAAUUAUGUAUAUUUACAUA